CGCAGUCCCCGCCCCUUGGUGGCGCCGCCCUAUAAGAAGGCGCCGGCUGACGUCAGCGCUCUCUUCCGCCCGCUCUGCGCUCGCCAGCGAGACAGGGCCGAGCCGCCGCCAUUGCCGUGACCCCCCCGCCCCGCAGCAUCCGCCGCCAUCCGCCACCAUGGUGAACUUCACAGUAGACCAGAUACGGGCCAUCAUGGACAAAAAGGCCAACAUCAGGAACAUGUCCGUGAUCGCCCACGUGGACCACGGCAAGUCCACGCUGACAGAUUCCCUGGUGUGCAAGGCCGGGAUCAUCGCCUCGGCGCGGGCCGGCGAGACCCGCUUCACCGACACCCGCAAGGACGAGCAGGAACGGUGCAUCACCAUCAAAUCCACGGCCAUUUCUCUGUUUUACGAGCUCUCUGAGAACGACUUGGCCUUCAUCAAGCAGAGCAAGGAUGGUUCUGGUUUCUUGAUCAACCUCAUUGACUCCCCUGGGCACGUGGACUUCUCCUCAGAGGUCACCGCAGCUCUGCGAGUCACUGACGGUGCCCUGGUCGUGGUGGACUGUGUCUCUGGGGUGUGUGUGCAGACAGAGACCGUGCUGCGUCAGGCCAUCGCCGAGAGGAUCAAGCCUGUGCUGAUGAUGAACAAGAUGGACCGAGCGCUGCUGGAGCUGCAGCUGGAGCCAGAGGAGCUGUACCAGACCUUCCAGCGCAUCGUGGAGAACGUCAACGUCAUCAUCUCCACCUAUGGAGAGGGAGAGAGCGGCCCCAUGGGCAACAUCAUGAUUGACCCGGUGCUCGGGACCGUGGGCUUUGGCUCGGGCCUGCACGGCUGGGCCUUCACCCUGAAGCAGUUUGCUGAGAUGUACGUGGCAAAGUUUGCUGCCAAGGGAGAUGCCCAGCUCAGCCCAGCCGAGCGUGCCAAGAAAGUCGAGGACAUGAUGAAGAAGCUGUGGGGAGACAGGUACUUUGACCCUGCUACUGGCAAGUUCAGCAAAUCUGCCACCAGCCCUGAUGGAAAGAAACUGCCCAGGACCUUCUGCCAGCUCAUCCUUGACCCCAUCUUCAAGGUUUUCGAUGCAAUCAUGAACUUCAAGAAAGAAGAGGCUGCUAAACUGAUUGAGAAACUGGACAUCAAGCUGGACAGUGAGGACAAGGACAAGGAAGGCAAACCCCUGCUGAAGGCCGUGAUGAGGCGGUGGCUGCCAGCUGGAGAUGCCCUGCUGCAGAUGAUCACCAUCCACCUGCCUUCCCCCGUCACAGCCCAGAAGUAUCGCUGCGAGCUGCUCUACGAGGGCCCCCCUGACGAUGAGGCUGCCAUAGGCAUUAAGAACUGUGACCCCAAAGGCCCCCUGAUGAUGUACAUCUCCAAAAUGGUGCCAACCUCUGACAAGGGACGUUUCUAUGCUUUUGGCCGUGUCUUCUCCGGUCUCGUCUCAACUGGCUUGAAAGUCAGAAUCAUGGGACCAAACUACACCCCUGGCAAGAAGGAGGAUCUGUACCUGAAGCCAAUUCAAAGGACCAUUCUCAUGAUGGGUCGCUACGUGGAGCCCAUCGAGGACGUGCCUUGUGGAAACAUCGUGGGGCUGGUCGGCGUGGACCAGUUCCUUGUGAAGACUGGAACCAUCACCACCUUCGAGCACGCCCACAACAUGAGGGUGAUGAAGUUCAGCGUCAGCCCCGUGGUGCGUGUGGCCGUGGAGGCCAAGAACCCGGCUGACCUGCCCAAGCUGGUGGAGGGGCUGAAGCGCCUGGCCAAGUCUGACCCCAUGGUGCAGUGCAUCAUCGAGGAGUCUGGGGAGCACAUCAUCGCUGGCGCUGGGGAGCUGCACCUGGAGAUCUGCCUGAAGGACCUGGAGGAGGACCACGCCUGCAUCCCCAUUAAGAAAUCGGAUCCCGUGGUGUCCUACCGCGAGACGGUCAGCGAGGAGUCCAACGUGAUGUGCCUUUCCAAGUCCCCCAACAAACACAACCGGCUGUACAUGAAGGCACGGCCCUUCCCUGACGGGCUGGCCGAGGACAUCGACAAGGGCGAGGUGUCGGCCCGGCAGGAGCUGAAGCAGCGGGCGCGGUACCUGGCCGAGAAGUACGAGUGGGACGUCACCGAGGCCAGGAAGAUCUGGUGCUUCGGGCCCGACGGCACCGGCCCCAACAUCCUCACCGACAUCACCAAGGGGGUGCAGUACCUCAACGAGAUCAAGGACAGCGUGGUGGCCGGCUUCCAGUGGGCCACCAAGGAGGGGGUGCUGUGCGAGGAGAACAUGCGCGCCGUGCGUUUCGACGUGCACGACGUGACCCUGCACGCCGACGCCAUCCACCGCGGCGGCGGCCAGAUCAUCCCCACGGCCCGGCGCUGCCUCUACGCCUGCGUGCUCACGGCCCAGCCGCGCCUCAUGGAGCCCAUCUACCUGGUGGAGAUCCAGUGCCCGGAGCAGGUGGUGGGAGGCAUCUACGGGGUGCUGAACAGGAAGCGUGGCCACGUGUUUGAGGAGACCCAGGUGGCCGGGACCCCCAUGUUCGUGGUCAAGGCCUACCUGCCUGUCAACGAGUCCUUCGGUUUCACAGCAGAUUUGAGGUCCAACACGGGUGGCCAGGCCUUCCCCCAGUGUGUCUUUGACCACUGGCAGAUCCUGCCCGGGGAUCCCUUCGACAGUGCCAGCCGGCCGUGCCAGGUGGUGGCCGAGACCCGCAAACGCAAAGGGCUGAAGGAAGGAAUCCCUGCCCUCGACAACUUCCUGGACAAACUCUAAUGACACUCAUGGAACUCUGGGAGAGCAGGAAAAAUUUAAUUAAUUAGCGUUAUCACCCAUGCCGCCAGGGGCUAGAAGCCUGUGACCACCAUCUUGUUAAUUAAAUGGGUUUCAUAGCGAUUUUGAGAACUUCAAAUGAGGAAAACAAACAAAAAGAAAAAAAAAAAGCCUUAUAGGUUUCUGUGUUGCACAUGACUCAUCUUUGCCAUUGUAACUAAAACAUUUCCACUAGAUCUGCCCAAUUCUGUAUUUAUUUGACUCAAAAAAAAAAAAAAUUACUGCUGCAGAAUGGCCUGGAAGGGAGUGGGGGCGUGCUUAAACAGGACAAGGAAACUGGGGGGUAAGAGAGAGGGGGUGAGGAUGCCUUAUCUGCAGCCUGACUGUCCGUCGUGCCCAUCGCCGCCUGUAUUAGUGCCACUGGAAUUAAUAAAAUUGGAUAAAUGGUGACGAAAA